CGUGAAGGAGAUGCGCAAGCUGGCGGAGAAGUUCGACGCUCUGGAGCUGAAGGUGAAGGAGGUGGCCGCGCCGUUCACCAUGAAGAAGCACUCAUCCAACAGGAACGAGCUGCUUGGACCGAGCGACGACAGGUGCACGGUGGUGGACAUAAAGAGCACGGCCAACAUGGAGAAUCAAGAGAUUGUCCAGCUGCAGAGGAACAUCAUGAAAGAGCAAGAUGAGUGUCUAGACAGGCUGGAGGAGACCAUAGUCAGCACCAAGCACAUCGCGCUGGCGAUCAACGAGGAGCUGGACCUGCACGUCAGGCUAAUUGAUGAUCUGGACGAGAGGGUGGAGGACACGAGCAACCAGCUGCAGCGCGCGCAGAAGAAGCUCAAAUCACUCAACACACGGAUGCGGAAAAGCGGGUCAUGCACGGGCAUCCUCGUGUCGAUCAUCGCAGGUGUGAUCUUCGUCGCCGUGGUCUGGGCUCUCAUCAAGUUCUAGCGGCAGAAAUGUCCGGAUAUAGAAGUUGCAUUGUAUAUGUAGGGGCAGAAAUCGUGAAUGUACAGUCCUUUUCUAGUCUACUACUCUUAUAGGAGUAGUAGGUAGCUCAAGUGCCAAUCUGAUCCGUGUAUUGUCCUGCAACUCCCGGUCCCGGAUGACUUGUGAAAUUUCCUUAAGUUUGUCUGUGCCAAUGCACAAGAAUACUAGACAUACGAGCGAUUUAACCAUGGACUGAAUUUACAGA